UUCUCCUUCGAAUACUCCCUUCGAUCCAUUCAAAAAUGACAAUUAUUUUUAAUAAGAACUACAAGUAAUUAUCAAAGUGAACCAGAUAGGGAAUAUUUCCUUAAUAUAUUUGUAAUACUAAUUAGCUAGUUCACCCUCCUAUAAAUAUAUAGUUCCUUACGCCUAUUUAUCGUACACAAAUCAGCAUCAUUCUCCUCCCUUGGCCUUGAAGGAAGAAUUUGAUUCUGACUUCGUAGAGCUUGUGCACCCAUUAAACUAUUGGAAGUAGUGUUUAAUUUGGGCGAUCGAUCGAUCGAUCAAGAAGGUAGAAAAUGGGGAGUGAAUUGUUGGCUUUUGUGGUAAUGGUGAUUGUGCAAUUAGGGUUUGCUGGAAUGAUAAUAAUAUCAAAGUUAGUGAUGGAUGGUGGCAUGAAUCCUUUUGUUCAGUCAGCUUAUAGGCCUAUUUUUGCAACUAUCUCCAUUGCUCCAUUUGCUUUCUACUUCGAGAGGAAAAAUGAAUCCAAGUUGACAGUCUCUGUUCUUUUCCAGAUAUUUUUGUGUUCUAUUUUCGGGAUAACAGCGAACCAAUAUGCAUGGUUCAUCGGCUUAACGAAUUCAACUCCAACGAUUGCUUCUGCCAUUGAUAAUCUAAUCCCAGCUUUCACAUUUAUCAUAGCCGUACCCUUGGGGAUUGAAAAAUUGGGAUUAAGAAGUAUAGCAGGACAAGCUAAGUUUUGGGGUACAAUAGUAUGUGUUGGAGGUGCAAUGUUAUUGUCAUUAUAUCAUGGAAAAGUUGUUAUUGGUCAGUUAGGAUUUCAUUGGAAAUUUGCAGAAAAUACAGGCAAAGAUGUCAAUUCCAACUUCUUUUUAGGACCUUUUUUACUUAUAGUGUGCAGUCUUACUUAUGCCAUUUGGUUAAUCAUUCAGACAAAGGUAAAUGAGAAGUAUGCAGCUCCAUAUACAUGCAUAACUUUGAUGUGCUUAAUGGCAAGUGUGGAGAGUGUCAUUAUUGGCUUUUGCAUCGUCCCUAAACUUUCUGAAUGGGCUUUAAACCCCAUUAGAGCUAUCUCUGUGGUCUAUAAUGGAGCUGUGAGUACAUCAUUAGUAUUUUUCCUGAGCUCAUGGUGCAUCGAGAAAAAAGGUCCUUUAUAUGUCUCGAUGUUCAAUCCGUUGUUGUUGGUUAUUUCUGCAUUUCUCAGUUGGACUUUGCUUCGUGAGAAAUUAUACCUUGGAGUUGUAGGGUCAAUCAUAGUAGUGGCUGGGCUUUACGGAUUUUUGUGGGGAAAAAAGAUGGAGACAAAUGCAGAGGAUAUUGAAGUAAAUAAAGAGAAGAUGAAUCAGUUGAGUAAAUCAAUUGAUUUGGAAUUACAAUUACCCAACUCUAAUGAUCAGAUAUCAUCAGAAUUAACCAAAACUAAACUCCAAAUAUGAGGAAUUGGAGUUGUAAUUGUAACAACUACUAAAAUUAAUCUCUUCCAAUUUGUGUAUCGGACAAUAUAUGAAUAAAACCAUUUACCUUUCGGAUCGUA